CUCACUCAACAGUUGUGUCUGCUGAACGCGGCCAAUAUUGUAAACACAGCCCGGCGUAGUCAACAAGUCGCGCAAUGAGCGCCGUGCGCGCGCUCCGGGGGGAGGAGGUGCAUAACCGGAAACAACUGUGAUAGGCUCGCCAGAGUCGCGACGGUGGUCGACAGUUCACACUAGUGAUGCAAACUUUGGGUUUCGAGCACCAUGAAAGUGUUACACUCGGUGCUCACUCACACAAGCGCAACCGUGUACGUGUACUGAGCAGAGACUCUGCGCAGCACACGGACACGGUUGCGCUUGUGUGAGUGAGCACCGAGUGCAACACUUUCAUGGUGCUCGAAACCCAAAGUUUGCAUUUCACACGGCAGUUUCAGCGAUGGCACGCGAGAGUAACGGAUCGUCACGGCCGUCUCGCUGUGAUAGGCAGCCGCGGAAAAUGGGGGAUGACGUCGACAUUUACGCGGAUUUACCGGGCUUCUCGUCCGAGAAAAAUGACCAAGAUUGUAACUGCAAGGAAUUCAAGAGUGAGCUUAGCUCACUUGCGAGCAAACUCGAGGACAUUCAAACGACUAAGGCGACCUUGGAGAGGAAUCUGUUUUCCUUACUCAAAACUGCAAGAGCUGAAAUUGCGCGGAAGAAUAAGAUGAUAGAUGAUCUCAGGAGGCGGUUGGACGAUGUAGCUUUUAGAAGGGGGAGCAGCAGGAGUGAAACUCCGGGUGUUUCCACUCGCAGAUUAGCAUAUAAACAUACUGCAGCUAGAAAGUAUGAGAAUAUCCCCUCGACGCGUUCACAGAAAAGUAAAACUGAAACGCAUCAAGCUGAAUUCCAUCACGACAAGUACAAAAGUAGGAAGCCGCAGGCUGAUGUUAGCAGGGUGCCCACGUUGUUUGUAGAAAGAUUACAAAAGAGAGUUUUGGAGGGCGAGAAAGAGGAGAAGAGGCAAAAUGCAUCGUUAAAGCCUGGCGUAGAAGUUCAACCAGAGGAUGUUCCUGAAGACGACAUUGCGGAGAACGAUAGGGAGAAUGGAUCUCAAUUCAGUGUAAAUAACAACGGCAAUGAAUCUAAUAUCGGACGACGUUCUAAUUCGGGAUCCCUUGAAAGAAACGCACACAGAAAGAUUUUAUCGAAAAGGACGAAUGAAGAGGAUGAUACGCACAGACAUAAACGUUUAAAAAUUGAAAAUGAAGAUAAAGCUACGACCGAAGAAACCGAUUACAAUUACCUUAUGCCGUAUCAUUUAACGGACAAUCCUGCGGCAUGCGAGAUAAAAGACACCGUAAAAUUCGAAGAUCGGCCGAGUGCAGUACAUUCGUUUAAAAAGGAAGAGGCUGUAUCCUACAACGAGCGCAGAGCCACUUCUGAGUAUCGAGACACGAAACAGGAUCAAAGGUACGCAAAUGGAUGGAGGAAUGCAGCGAGGGAUCACGACAGUCUCAACGCCAGGAACGAACUGGCCGAUAAUUCAAGAAAUUCUCGGACUGCUUCGACAUCUAAUUAUGUCUCGGAAGGGUUUAGCAGUCGUUACAAGAGGAAUGGGCACAGCCGAUACAGACGAUAUCGAUGACAUUGGUGAAGAUGGUACUGACAAAUUGGACAGAGUACUUACUGUCCUAAUGAAAUAAAGAAAAAAUAUAUAAAAGUUACAAAAUUAUUAGUUCAAUACUUAUCAUGAACAAUAUAACUAUUCUUACUACCAUUUUAAUGGUAGAGAAAAUGUUAACAUUGAUUUUGAGAGUAUUAUAAAAAUUUAGUUUAAAAACUGAA